AUGACGCACGGCCGGCAGCCACACGGCUGCCUCCUACCCGCCCUGCUGACCACCCGCUCUGCUCGAGGCGGGCACUUCAGGCAAGGAGGCGCGGAGGCGGCACUUCAGCAGAGGUGGAGUGCAGUGUGGAAUGGUAUGGUGCGGCAUGAGGAGGAGGCGGACAUUUCGGGCAACGAGCCGGCGUGGAGGCAAGGAGGCGGCACUUCAGCAGAGCAAGGAGGGGAGAGCGGCAGCAUGGAGGUGAGCAUUCGAGGAGGCGGCACUUCAGUCCCCAAGCCGGCGCUCCAGUUUCCAGGAGCAGUCGCCUCUGCUCUUCUCUGGUAA